UGAGCCUGGCAGGCUUCAGGCUCUAAUGAAGUGAAAUGAUCUGCCUUGAACGUGAAACCGUAAGCAAUGAAAGAAUGCUUAAUCUAAUUAAAGAAUCUGCAGGAACUGGAUGAAUUUAAAUGCUCUAAGCCCUGCCCUGUCCAAGCCAGGUUAUUCUGCUAUUACCCCUCAUUUUUAACAACUUCUGUAUAUUGAUUAAAGGCUUCAGAUUUCCCCCAAGAUGACACAAUCAAUACAUCUAAAUCAGAACCUCCCAGAUUUAGGAGGCCCCUUUCUAUAUCGGGAUCAGGAUGAGAAUGAGAAAGCAACAUAUUCUGUGGAAACUCCAUAUGGUUUCCAGUUGGAUUUGGAUUUCUUGAAAUAUGUUGACGAUAUUCAGAGUGGACAAACGUUGAAGAAAGUUCCCGUGCACCGCAAGCCAAGAGCGCCACGGCAGUCGUCAUCAUCAUCCUUGAGAAGCCCAUCAUGCCAAACUGGUGGCUGGACGUCCACAGAGUCCUUGACCUCCAGUGAAGAUGGAAGAUCAGGUUCUGUAUUUUUCUCAAGGGUUAGAAUGCACUCCAGUUCCUCAGACAUUAAGGAGACUUUAAGCAUCCAAAAGUCAAAUCCAGUUUCUCCUACUCCAGUCAUUAAUUUGCUGCCCCCACCAUCUCCAAAGUCUCUUAUGAGAAAUCAUCGUGUUGAAAAAACACUGGAGGAGACAAGCAAGAGGUUACAACAAGAGCAACUAAGUUCCCAUAUUGUUGAAGUGCAAAACAGACAAAGUACAAUUACCAAUCUUUCCAAGCUUUGUGUAACUAGUACAAGUUUUCCAAACCUGACUCAGUUGUCCCCAUCUGGACAGCAAUGCCGAAGUGGAGAAGGGCAUGCCAUACUUAGCCCAAGCUUUUCAGGCUCUGUGAGACUUAGUCCACUUAACUCUGGAAGAAGCACUCCAGCUGCAAGCAUCUCUUCAGCACAUCUCCAGUUUGUAAGGGAACAGAUGGCUGCUGCACUGAAGCAAUUAAAAGAUCUUGAAGAGCAGGUUAAGGCUAUUCCAGUAUUAGAGAUGAAAAUUUCCACACUGGAGAUAGAGAAGCAACAGCUUCUUGCUGAUCUGGAAAAGAAGCAAAGUUUAGACAACAGUUUCAGGGAGAGGUCUUCCAGUGCUGGCAAUAGCAGCAUUAAUGAAAGCGACUCAGAAAGAAAUCUGGAUAUACCUUCUGAACAAGAAGGUGAGUCUGAGGCUGGUAAAUGUAGAACAAGUAAAAUUGCUGAAUUAAAAAGACUUACAGAAAGGCUAACUGUUCCAGAAAGGGGUGUAAGAAACAAUAAGUGUGGAAGUGGCAAAAUUACAGCUAGCCCCCCAAAAGUGAUGGAAAGGCGCUGUAAGUCAGUUGGAGUAGGGGAGAACAUUGAUAUGAAUGAUGCUGUUUUCUAUUACAAGUCCCAGAAAAUAGGCAGGGAGGUUGCAGUUGGACCUGAGGUAGAAACUAAAGAUGUUGGAGUUUGGGUAAUGGAAUCAUUAUUGGGGCUGACUUGUGAGGCUGAGAAAGAGAUAGAACUUCUGCAGCACACAAUAGACCAUCAGAAGGGUGUCAUUGGCAUGUUAGAAGGACAUCUGAAGGAAGCAGCAUAUGAGCUGGAAGAACUGAGGGUAGCGGUUUGUACCAGAACACAGAAAGACAUGGUGGACAAGGAAGUUAUGGCCCAACCACAGACACAGGAAGCAUCUUCUGAGGCUAUGGUUUCUGUGGUCAAUCAGGCAUCUGGAGAUCAUUUAAAAAUGGUAGAUGCAGGUGUUAACUGUUCAUCUGCAGUGUCUUGUGUUGGAGUAAGCUGUGUCUCAGAGGCAAAGGAAGUUGCAGUUGGCCCUGAUCUUAAAUUAGGGUAUCAAGAGAAAAGCACUCAGGCUAAUUUGGAAGAGACUGUCAGAACACAAGUCAUUUUGAGCAGCAGCAUAACAGAAACACAAACUGAGCCAAGUGGUGACAUAACUGCAAAACCCAAAUGUAAAAGGACUUUGUUGGCAGGAGAUGAGGUGGAUGUUGCUAAGAAUAACCAGGAUAUCAUGAAGCAUGUGAAGAAGUGUGAUAAGGCAGAGGACAGUGUUGCAGGGGAAGGAAAGGUCAAAGCUCUUAGCUUGCCGUCCGAAGAGGGGGAUGUGUGUUUAAUUAUUCAGAACUCGUAUGAUGUGCUUGAGGAAAAUGUGUGUCUUAAGGAAGAGGGUGCAGAAGGAAGCAGCAAGGUGCCUACUUCAGGUCAAGUCGGUGUUCUGAAAUCAAUCAUGAAGAACAAAGAUGGUAUUUCAAAAGGCCAGUUGAACCGAGGAAAGAAAAGUCUGCAGUUUGUUGGCAUAUUAAAUGGAGAGUACGAGAGUACGUCAAGUGAAGAUUCUAGUGACAACGAUGAGGAAAGCUCCUCAGACAAAGUAUCUGAGGACAGCUCUGACAGUGAGGAAGUGAACUACGUGGAGACAUCAGAGGAAGAAAUGAACGUGAACAUGAAUGACAGUGACAGUGAUAUUGAAGAAGGCCUUAUGGCAGAAAAAGGAAGUGUGAGAAAAAGGAAAGAGAAUAAUGAAAGGUCAUCCAAACGAGAUGCCAAGGAGGACCCAGGUGUAAAUCUGAAGAUGAAGGAGGCCUGUAUGAUCCUUAAUGCGCAUUUGCAUGACCCAAGUACCCCAAAAACAAAAGAAGUGCUAGCAAGUUCUCAUGUGGUACAGCAAGAAUGGUUCAGAGCUUCCAGUCAAAAAUCUUCCAUGGAUGGAAAUGUGUCUAGUUAUGUCCAGACUUUCACUGACAUCUCCCCAGAGAUACUAAACCAUGUUGUUAACCUCACAGACGGUAAUGGAAACACAGCUCUUCAUUAUAGUGUGUCUCACUCCAAUUUCCGGAUUGUUCAACUGCUACUAGACACAGGUGUUUGUAAUGUUGAUCGGCAAAAUAAAGCAGGUUACACAGCCAUCAUGCUGGCUGCACUGGCUGCAGUGGAGAAGCAGGACGAUAUGGUGAUUGUGAGCCGUCUUUUUAGCUUGGGCAAUGUUAAUGCCAAAGCCAGCCAGGCUGGUCAGACUGCUUUAAUGCUUGCUGUGAGCCAUGGACGGCAGGAGAUGGUUCAAGCACUUCUUGCUUGUGGAGCUAAUGUCAAUCUCCAGGAUGAUGAAGGAUCAACAGCCUUGAUGUGUGCUAGUGAGCAUGGGCGAGCAGAAAUUGUGAAGCUACUGCUCGCACACCCUGGAUGUGAUGUCUCAAUUAUAGAUAAUGAUGGCAGUAACGCGCUAUCUAUAGCACUGGAGGCUGGACAGAAAGACAUUGCAAUGUUACUUUACGCACAUAUGAAUUUCUCUAAACCACAAUCCCCUAGUUCGGACGUUUUGGGAUUAGGGAAGAAUCUUGGCAGCAAUACUGUGAAAUCUGAAUUAUCGAACUAAAACUGGAAUAUAAGAUACCUUGCCUUUUCCAUACCGCACCCGCUAAUGGCAUUUUAUAUAUAUAUUUAUAUAUAAUGUGUUUCCCCUUUACGAACAUACGCAUCUUUUAGCAGCUAUAUAUGUGGAUCAAAAGUACUAAUAUACAACUGUGCAACCUACCAUUUUAGUAUUUAAACAGGACUAUCAUUUAAUACUUUGGCUGCCUGACAAUACAUUGGAAAACAAUAUUUCGCAGACCUCUCUGGCAGCGAAGGAUUAAAACUAUUUUUUUAUAUAUAUAUAUAUAUUUUUCCCUGUGUUGUUUUCUGGCUACAAGUAGUAUUUUGGAGACACAUUAUCUGCGGUAUACGUGUGAUAUAUUAAAAUUCAUGUCUCUUACUACUGCACUGAGGUUAUUUUAAGCUGCAUGACAAGAAAUAUUGUAUGUCUACUAAUAUCACCAUUAAGUAUUUCCUAUAUUGUGCCAUAUUCCGAAAUAUAUCUGCCCUUAUUAUUUAUAUGCAAGUUCAUAACGUUUUUUUUUAAAUAAUAAAGACAAACCUUUGUUUAA